AUGGCGACGAGGAGGGAAGUGGCGCAGCUUGAGAGCAGGAUGAGCCCGGACGACUACAGGAAGCUGCAGAGCCUGUUUGUGGACUCCUCUGGUUCACCUCGCCCUUUAUCCCGCGCUGAGUUUGUAUCCGGUGCUCUGUCUCUGGUCGGCCGUGGCUCGGAAGAGGACUAUGGUUUCCUUUUUGACAGCGUGGCUCUCAGUCAGGAGCGCAGUGGACUUCUCCUGGACAUGGAGGCGCUGAAAGAGGAGGGGGUCAUAGACUGGCCCGGCCUCUGCUCUUUCCUCUUACUUCAGCUCUCGGAAAAAGCUAAACGCCUCAGCCAACGUGGUAAUGUGCCCCGCUGGAGACCCCCGCGCUCUCUACCCUCCCCACACCGGGACCCCAUCCAGAAGGUGGUGUACGUGCAGAGCUGGGGGCAGUACCUGAGCGUGAGCAGAGGGGGGACAGUGGGGCUGUGGGACAGAGACGGAGAGGACAUGUCUCUGCUUCACACGCUGCCUCUGCACAACAGCACCGUCAGACCCAGAGACCUGUGGGUCACCGGCCUGGUCCUGCUGCACAACCUGGACAAGGUAGCUGUAUCUUUCACCAGUAAAGAGUUGUGCUUCUAUGACAUGUGCUCCAAACCAGAUUUCAAAUGCAAGUAUAAGAUACAGGGUUUAAAGUUCACUCCUUGGUGCCUGGAUUACUGGGCUGACCCCUCCCUCCCGGACCAGGCGGUGCUCACAGUGGGAGACAUUGGGGGACAGGUCAGUGCUCUGUGCUUUACCUCAGCGCACAUCUCCCUGUUCGAGAGCCGCUGGGUGAGGGCAGACGAGUCAGGUGGGGCAUCAGACUUAAUCCUGUGGGAUGAGCUGGUGAGGGGAAGGCACAGCUGCUGCUACGUCGUGAGUCACCAGGCCCACCAGCCCGCGUGGGUCAGGAGAGUGAGUUUUGUGGGAUCACUGGGAGCCUUCUUGUCCAGCAGCACCAGCCCCAGCAGCAGCCUGGUGGUGGCCUGGAGGAAUGACGGCAGGAGUCUGAGCCUCACCACAUGUUACACCAAGAGAGGAGUUUGGGACAUGGAUUACCACCAACAACUCAAGCUCAUUGCCACAGCGGGAGUGGAUCAUCAGGUGCUCCUGUGGAAUCCGUACGUGACCUCCAAACCAGUGGGGGUCCUCAGUGGGCACGACGGACCUGUCACCGCCGUGUGCUUCAUGCAGAACAAGCAACAACAACUGCUCAGCUGCUCCAAGGAUAAGGUGUUGUGUCUGUGGGACCUCUCCACUCAGCAGUGUCUCUACCGUCUGACGGAGGUGUUCCCAAAGACUCCAGAGGACACCAGAGCUCUCCUGUUUCUACACGAGGAGAAACAUCUGCUCCUCCUCUGCUUCCACUGCCACCUCCUCCUGAUGCACACCCACACAGAGACAGAGAAGAGGACCAGCAGCCACCAGAGCCCCGUGACCUGUGUGCUCUACAACAGCCUCUUCAGACAGGUCGUCAGCGGCGACUCCUCUUCCUGCGUCAUCUGCUGGCUGCCUGACACGGGCCAAAAGGUCACGCAGCUCCACCGUUGUCAUGGAAACGCCCCCAUCUCCACCAUGGCGCUGGACGGGACGCAGAGCAGGCUGUUUACCGCGGGCGCCGAUGGAGAGGUCAAAGUUUGGGAUUUCACCGGUCGCUGCCUCCACAGAAUGAAUCCAGCUCAGGGUCGCCAUGUGAACAUAACACAAGUCCUGCCACUGCAGAGGAGUGUUCUGGUCUUGGGAUGGCAAAGGAGAAUUGUAAGUAUAUUGCAAGCCUCUGGGUCUCAAAAUGGCCGCCCAUUCAAGUCAACGGGCCGAGCUCAACGGCGCAUGACUCCAGAUUCGUCUUUAGCCUGGCGAGGGCCGAGUAUUUUUCGCCUGAACUCCUUCACGCAGACUGUAGUGGAGCCGUCGGAGUGGAGAGGAGAGGUCCAGCUUGGAGGGGAGGUGGUCUGCGCCGCGUUUCAGGCUCCGCAAACUCUCGUCACGGGGAGCUGUGAUGGAGAAAUAAUAGUUUGGAACAACAGCACAGAGAAAGUGUUGAGGAGACAGAUAAAUACUGAGCCAAAUGAAGACAAAACCAACGAAGCCACUUGUUUACUUUUCAUACCAGGACGACAGAACUCAUCAGCUACAGGUGGUGCAGACUUGGUGUCGUGUGGAUGUUCAGGCACAGUGAGGUUCUGCAGCACUCUCCACGGUUGUGUUUUGGGACAGUUCGAAGCCCACAGCAGUGACCUGGGACCCAUCGUAAUGACCGUGAGCCCGUGUGGGACAUACUUAGUGACCGGGGACAAGGACGGGACCGUUAAAACAUGGGACAUAAAGAAUUAUUGCCUCAGUGCCACCGAGCGAGUGACGAGUGAACUUCCUGAACUUCUGCGUACGUCCCGCCCACACCUGGACCGCGUCACUCACCUGGAGGCAUGUCUCCACGGCGACAGGCUCCUCCUCCUCUCCACGUCAUUGGACAGCAGUGUGGCUCUGAGUUACCUGCCAGGAGAGAUCAUCGGUUACUUUGGACAGGUAAAAUUACAUUACUUUCAGUGCGUUGGAAAGGCAUAA